AUGAACAUGAAAUGCAUUCGAGAGAAGAUAGAAAAGGCCAAACCCCAUUUUGUGAAAGCAGCCUCAGAUACUCUUCAGGGAUAUAUUUUUGGGUGCAUGGUAGGCGUGUUUUCCUCAUCGGAGAGGCCAUCUUUCAAGAAUAUUCACGAGUCUGGAAAGUCGUUUGCAAAGAUUAGUAUGGUAUACUCCACAACAGAAUCAGCUCUUCAGCUUUAUGGAUCAGAAAACGCACCGCUUAACAGCCUUAUAAGCGGUAUGGUUGCCGGAGGCCUUGGGGUGAGGGACAAGUCCAAAAAAUCUAUUUUAACUGGAGCAGCAUCUUUUGGGCUAUACACAGGAAUGUCCAGUGUUUUUCCCACGAAGGGACAGAAGUAA